AUGCUACCGUUUACAAGAUGCAUCCUCCAGAAUCUCCUCAGCAAACGCCAAUUCGUCUCUGCAUCUUCCCAAUUCAAAUCUCAACUUGACCUAACUCACCGAACUCUCCACGUUUCCUCAUCCCUCGAAUCCAACUUCCGUAGAAGCAACGUAACAAACUUAAUCUCUCUCUCGAAGAGCCACAACGAAGACCCCAAAAAAACCCCAAACCACGACGAAUUCUCCUCCGACGUCGAAAAAUCAUACAGAAUCCUCCGUAAAUUCCACUCCCGAGUCCCCAAGCUAGAACUCGCGCUCAACGAAUCCGGAAUCGAACUCCGCCCCGGUCUAAUCGAACGAGUCCUCAACCGUUGCGGAGACGCAGGAAACCUAGGUUACAGAUUCUUCGUAUGGGCCGCAAAGCGGCCCAAUUAUCACCGCCACAGCUACCAAAUAUAUAAAUCAAUGACACAACUCUUAAGUAAGAUGCGGCAGUUCGAGGCCGUUUGGAGUUUAAUCGAAGAGAUGCGGAAGGAGAAUCCAGACCUGAUUGAGCCUGAGCUGUUCGUUGUUCUCGUGAAGAGAUUCGAAGGCGAGGAGAUUGUGAAGAGAGCAGUCGAGGUGCUCGACGAAAUGCCUGAACCGGAUGAGUAUGUUUUCGCGUGUUUGCUCGAUGCGUUGUGUAAAAACGGGAGGGUUAAGGAUGGUGCGAGGCUUUUCGAGGAUAUGAGGGUACGGUUUAGGUCGAAACGUGGCUAUUUUGUUUCGUUGCUGUGUGGUUGGUGUGGAGAAGGGAGGAUGAUUGAAGCUAAGUAUGUUUUGGUUCAGAUGGAGGAAGCUGGGUUUGAGCCUGACGUUGUUGAUUACAGUGUGUUGAUUAGUGGUUAUGCUCUUGCUGGUAGAAUGGCUGAUGGUUAUGGUGUUUUGAGAGAUAUGAGGAGGAGAGGGUUUGAGCCGAGUGUGAAUUGUUAUACUGUUUUGAUUCAGGGGUUGUGUAAGGUAGGUAGAAUGGAGGAGGCGAUGAGUGUUUUUGUUGAGAUGGGGAGAUAUGAAUGUGAGGCUGAUAGUGUGACUUACACUGAGUUGGUUAGUGGGUUUUGUAAAUUGGGGAAGAUUGAUAAGUGUUAUAGUUUGUUAGAUGAGAUGAUAAAGAAAGGGCUUAUGCCGUCUCAGCUUACGUAUAUGCAUAUCAUGGCGGGUCUUGAGAAGAGGGAAAAUUUGGACGAGUGUUUGGAGUUGAUGGAGAAGAUGAAGCAGAUAGGGUAUGGUCUCGAUCUUGACAUUUACAAUGUCGUUAUCAGAUUGGCUUGUAAGUUGGGAGAAGUGAAGGAAGCUGUUCGGUUAUGGAACGAAAUGGAAGCAAACGGUUUGUGUCCUGAAGUAGACACGUUUGUUAUUAUGAUUAACGGAUUAACAAGCCAAGUUUGUUUACUCGAAGCCUGUGAACACUUUAAAGAAAUGGUAAGUAGAGGACUGUUCUCUGUGCCUCAAUACGUAACUUUGAAGUCAUUACUGAACUCUGUUUUAAAAGACAAGAAGCUAGAAAUGGCUGAAGAUGUUUGGAGUUGCAUUACAAGCAAAGGCGCUAGCGAGCUGAAUGUAUCGUCUUGGACGAUAUGGAUCCAUGCAUUGUUCUCGAAAGGUUAUGUGAAGGAGGCAUGCUCUUAUUGUGUUGAGAUGAUAGAGAUGGACUUUAUGCUGCAACCUGAUACAUUUGCUAAGCUUAUGAAGGGUUUAAAGAAACUGUAUAACAGGGAAUUCGCGGUGGAGAUUACGGAGAAGGUGAGGAAUAUGGCAGCUGAGAGAGGUAUUAGUUUUAAGAUGUAUAAGAGAAGAGGUGUGGAUGAUUUGACUGAGAAAGCUAAAGGUAGAAAAGAUAGAGAAGGGAAGAGGAAGCGGAGGACUCCAUAA